UUUGGAAAACGCUACGUUGUAUAAUCAUGAACUUAUAUGUAUACAUGUUUUCUGUAAAACAUAUAGAAAUAGCGAUACAUGUAGAUUAUAAAUACAUUGCUUACUUUAAAGCAAUAUUGACCCUUUGUAAACUAGCUAUUUCUUGCACUGCAAAAAAAAAAAAACUAUCGGUAUUGUGGCGCCCACCUAUGUUCCUGUGUUCAACUAGUAAUGCCUGGUGAGCUGCGGUUGGUCUGGCCAGCUGGCUAAUGUUUUGGAGAACAUAGCUAAUAGCUAGCCUAGCUACACUGCUAGCUUGUUAACCACAGUUGGUCAACACAAUAUACAAACAUCGGAGAAAAUAUACCAUAAUUAUACGAGAUAGUUUCAGUUGCUGGUAAAAGUCGAAUAUAUGUAACUUGCUAAGUCGACAAGAACAUUCCAACCGAGCAGUGGGAAAAGACCCUUUGGUGACUGAGACCAACAAACACCAGUGUGAAGGAGAGGAAUGAAGGCCUGAUCUUUGAGAUGACUGUCUACCCAAAGAAUUCGGUGCGGAUCUUAUCUGCCCGGGAGCGUGGGGCCCGUGGCCUUGGUUCCCAGCGCCUCCUGCAACAGCUUGUUGAGGAGAAGACCCGGCGGAUGAAAUGGCAGAGUCAGAAAGUAGAGUUGCCGGACAGCCCUCGUUCUACCUUCCUGCUGGCUUUUAGCCCGGACAGGUCCUUAAUUGCCUCCACUCAUGUCAACCACAACAUUUAUAUCACCGAGAUUAAGACAGGAAAGUGUGUUCACUCUCUGGUGGGCCAUCGCCGCACUCCUUGGUGUCUGACCUUUCACCCUACCAUCCCUGGUUUGGUGGCUUCGGGAUGUCUGGAUGGAGAGGUUCGCAUCUGGGACCUGCAUGGUGGCAGUGAGAGCUGGUUCACUGAGAGCAAUGUGGCCAUUGCCUCCCUGGCCUUUCACCCUACUGCCCAGCUCCUUCUCAUAGCAACAAACAAUGAGGUUCACUUCUGGGACUGGAGUAGGAGGGAGCCAUUUGCCCUGGUCAAGACUGCCAGCGAGACAGAGAGAGUCAGACUGGUGAGGUUUGACCCACUGGGUCAUUACCUGUUGACCGCUAUAGUGAAUCCCUCUAACCAACAGAGUGAUGAUGACUCGGAGGUCCCCAUGGAUAGCGUGGAGAUGCCCCACUUUCGCCAUCGAUCCUUCCUACAGUCCCAACCGGUCCGCCGUACACCCAUUCUCCACAACUUCCUGCACAUCCUGUCAUCGAGGAACUCCGGCUCACAGUCUGAGGAACAGCAUCCUCCUGCACCCGCUGCCAAUAGUGCUGCUGACUCUCCUAGUCUUCCCUCUGGACAUUAUUCUGCCCUGCGGAAUCGCUCCCGACCCCCCUACCAGGGUUGUGUGCAACACCUUGGUAUGGUUUGCUUCUGCAGUCGGUGCUCUGCCACCCGAGCCCCUUCACCAUCUGGAGAGGACCCCUCUGACCCUGAGAGCCUGGAGGCCCAGUCUCAUGCCUCCACCUUCUCCUCUGCUCGCACUGAGCCCCGGCAGCCCUCUGAGCCUCGCUCCUCACACCGUCCCUCUGCCUUCAGCAGUGUGUACGGCAGUGCUAGAGGACACUCUUUACGCACUCCAUCUUCAGGCCCUGGCCAGCGCAGCAUCCCAGGCCUUAUAACUAACCAGGGCCACCAGCAGCCAGGCCUGGAGUGCUCUGGGCGACUGGCAGGAGCAGACUGGAUGGGCAGCAUGCUCAACAUGCGGCCUGAGCGUAGUGGGGGUGUUGGGGUAUCUCCACCCAGGACUAGUGCAUCCUCUGUCAACCUGCUGUCUGUACUGAGGCAGCAGGAGGGCUCCUUUCAGUCGCCUGUCUACACCUCUACCACAGAGGGAGGAAGCUUGCCCCCAGCAGUAGUGAGCCCUCACACCAGUGGAAACAGCUCUGUAGAUGGACCCAGUACUAGUAGUGGACACCACUCUCUUGGGGAGGGAGGGAGCAACAGCCCCACCUCGAUCCGUAACGUGCUGCAGUGCAACUUGAAUCGCUACUUCAUGGAGUAUGAUCGCAUGCAGGAAAUGGAGCAGUCAGGUGGUGCUGGUGGAGAGAGCAGCCAAGAGCAACAGACACGGGAGAUGCUCAAUAAUAACAUAGAGUGUGAGCGGCCUGUCACCCCCCAUUAUCAGCCCCCCAACAGCAGUGAUGGUGGUUCUGGUCCCUCCCGCGGCCAUAUGAACCGCUGCAGGGUCUGCCACAACCUGUUCACGUUUAACCAAGGUACACAGCGCUGGGAACGCACUGGCCAGACCCCAUCACAAGAGGAGGGGAGCACCUCAUGGCAGCCCCCAAGCCCCAACCCUGCCUUUCACACAAUGAGGCCGACGGUGCUACAUGUUCCCCAGUCCUCUGACAGGAGACAGUUAUUACAGCCACAGCCCAGUGCUGAUGAACCUGGAGGGGACACAGCCUUCACUCACCGGGGAUCCCCUAUCUCACAGAGAGAACAGGCGGUGGGGUUGGUAUAUAACCAGGAGACAGGCCAGUGGGAGAGAGUUUACCGACCGUCUGUCAGUCCAAGUCCAGCAGUGAAUGUACCACAAGAGGCCUUAAACCAAGAAAUGCCUGACGAAAACCACGAUGACGAUUACCUGAGAAGGAGGCUUUUGGAGUCCUCUCUUAUGUCACAGUCUCGAUAUGACAUAUCUGGCUCCCGGGACCAUCCUAUUUAUCCAGAUCCUGCCAGGUUGUCCCCUGCGGCAUAUUAUGCCCAGCGGAUGAUUCAGUACUUAUCUCGGCGGGACAGCAUUCGCCAACGAUCACUGCGCUACCAGAGCCGACUGCGGCCUCUCUCAUCCACCUCGGAUAGCCCAGGAAGCAACCCCUCCCCCUCCAUUGAGAACAACGAGGUGGACUUUGAGGAAUUUGAGGAUAACGGGGAUCGUGCCAGACACAGAGCUCCACGCAACGCUCGUAUGUCUGCCCCCUCGCUUGGCAGAUUUGUUCCCCGGAGGUUCCUACUGCCUGAGUACCUGCCAUAUGCUGGGAUCUUCCACCACGAGAGGGGCCAGCCUGGCCUGGCCACCCAUUCCUCCGUCAACAGGGUCCUAGCAGGUGCGGUUAUCGGUGACGGUCAGUCAGCUGUGGCCAGUAACAUCGCCAACACCACCUACCGCCUCCAGUGGUGGGACUUCACCAAGUUUGACCUACCUGAAAUCAGCAACUCCUCUGUCAACGUGCUGGUACAGAACUGCAAGAUCUACAAUGACGCCAGCUGUGACAUCUCUGCAGACGGGCAGCUCCUGGCUGUGUUCAUACCCAGCAGCCAGCGGGGCUUCCCAGAUGAGGGCAUCCUGGCUAUCUACUCUCUGGCGCCUCACAACCUGGGAGAAAUGCUCUACUCCAAGAGAUUCGGUCCUAAUGCCAUCUCUGUCAGCCUGUCCCCGAUGGGCAACUACGUGAUGGUGGGCUUGGCCUCCCGCAGGAUCCUGCUCCAUCACACUACAGACCACAUGGUAGCGCAAGUGUUACGCCUGCAGCAGCCCCAUGGUGGAGAGACUUCCAUGAGGAGAAUGUUUGAUGUGGUGUACCCCAUGGCUUCUGAUCAGCGGAGACACGUCAGCAUCAACUCGGCCCGCUGGCUCCCAGAACCUGGCUUGGGGCUUGCAUACGGUACCAACAAGGGAGACCUAGUCAUCUGCAGACCUGUAGAUGCCCAGUCAGACGGAGACGGCCCCGCUGAGCACAGUGAGCCCAUAUUGGCUGUCAACAACAAUCGAGGCAGUGGUACCGGUGGGAGCCGCGAUGGAGAGCGACCAGGGAGCAGCAGGGCCCCCUUGAGGUCUGAAAGGGACAUGAGACUUAUGAACGCCAUCGGUCUCCAGCCCCGUCACCCUACCCCCGUUGUGACCUCACAAGGCACACAGACACCCGUCCUACGUCUUCAGAAUGCCGAAACACAGACUGACCAAGAGCCACAGGUUCCCAGCACCUCCCGGGCCUCCCAAGCAACAAACAUCGGUGGACACAUAAGGGACCUUCAUCCAGGCAGCAGCACAGAAAUGGUGCCUGAGACACCCCCGCACACACUGCAGGAGGAUGGCGAGUCAGCCGAGGCCUUCACAGAGGCCAGCACCACCUUGGCUAACCCAGGGGAAUCUCAAGAGCAGGGCAGUGGGGAGGAUGCCGUUUCUCGGCUUCGAAGGCUGAUUGCCGAGGGUGGUAUGACGGCCGUGGUCCAGAGGGAGCAGAGCACCACCAUGGCCUCCAUGGGUAGCUUCGGUAACAACAUCAUCGUUAGCCACCGCAUCCACCGCGGCUCCCAGACUGGGACAGAGGCUCAGGAUGGGGGCAGAGACACUCAGGGCAGGGGUCAGGGUCUUGAUGGAGGUGGUUGGACGUCCUUCUCUCCGUCCCACCGCGGCACUCUGUCGUUCACAGAGCCCACCUCUCGUAUUCUGACCCACCACAGCAUGCAGCUGGGCGAGAGCUCAGGAUUCCUGUUAGAGCCCUCUGGGGCCCAUAGUCGAACAGUAGCACCUCUCCCCUCCCAGUACAUCACAGUCUCUUCUCAUCUCAGCCCUCAGGGGCCAAUUGGGGUGGAGGAGGGGGCCGAUGGGACCCCUAUGGACACAGACGAUGCGUUUGAGGGUGUGGGACUUGUCGAUGAUCUAGAUCUACACUUGCCCUCAGCUUCCUCCUCCUCUUCUUCAACCCUGUCCCCUGUUGUCUCCCCUCUUGACAACAACUUCAGCGCCAGUUACCAUGGAGACCCCUACAGUCGAUAGAUUGUCAUGUGCUUUCCAUACGCAUCUGAUCUCUACCUAGAAGAGUCUCCUCCGUCUAGCCUUAUUAUAUUGACUACUGGUUUUUCUGGAGGCUUUCGAAUCCCGACAUUGAAAUUUGGCACUUAAAACUUCAUCCCACUCCUCCAUUGCCUGUUCAGUUUUCUAUCCAAUAGUAGGCUGGAUGAGACCUACCUUCAACCUAGGAUUAGGCUCAGUCUCUUUCUUGGAUGUGGUGUUCCUUUGCGUUCCCUGACCACUUUCAUACUUUUUUGUCAUUGCCUCAUUGAGAGCAAGAAUCCAAAGCUACAGUUUGACCAUUCCAUUGGAGAGAGGUGGACCUGAAUGACUCUUUUACAAUCAGGGUUCAGAUCGGUGGUUGUCGAAAGCCACCUGGGACCAAAUUCCAUGAUCAAAUUGCAACGUUCUUGAAAACGUGUUAGGACUCUGCCCCUUGCUCACUAUUAGCAAGAUGCUGGUAUCGUAGAAGCACAUUUUAUUAACCAAUCACAUUGGUACAAUUUGAUUGUGAAACUGGAUGAUUCUGUCUAUAAGUUACAUUUAUUGUGUGUGUGAGAGAGGAUGUUCUAUGUCACCCGUGGUAGUUACAAAACGUUUCAUUCUAGUCGUCAUGGUGGAUUAGUGGUUUGCAAAGAUGUAGUUGACCCAAGAUAACUAUGAAUCUAUUGUACUACAUGGGAGAGCAGCAUUACAUUACAGAGUAGAAUUUAGGGAGCCCACAUCCACAACAUGCUAUUCCAAAUACGAGCGAUGUUCGUUAUUAUCGCCGUGCGCUGUUCAUGACAAAAUAAUUCCAGACUUAUCAUUUUUUUGCUUAUUUAUGAUAUCAUAAUCACCUUCUCAUUUAGACUUAUUUUGAAGACAUUGAUACUGCCUGACUGAUGAACUGCCCGUUUUUGAUUUGGAAAGUUCUAUUAGGGUACGCUCAAUGCCGUCAGGAGAACCUAAUCGUUUUUUAUUUAUUUUUUAUUACCCCUUUUUCUCCCCAAUUUCGUGGUAUCCAAUUGUUUUUAGUAGCUACUGUCUUGUCUCAUCGCUACAACUACCGUACAGGCUCGGGUGAGUUGAAGGUUGAAAGUCAUCCGUCCUCAGAGACACAACCCAACCAAGCCGCACUGCUUCUUAGCACAGCGCGCAUCCAACCCGGAAGCCAGCCCCACCAAUGUGUCGGAGGAAACACCGUGCACCUGGCAACCUUGGUUAGUGCGCACUGCGCCCGGCCAGCCACAGGAGUCGCUGGUGUGCGAUGAGACAAGGACAUCCCUACCGGCCAAGCCCUCCCUAACCCGGACGACGCUAGGCCAAUUGUACGUCGCCCCAUGGACCUCCCGAUCGCGGCCGGUUACGACAGAGCCUGGGCGCAAACCCAGAGUCUCUGAUGGCACAGCUGGCACUGCAGUGCAGCACCUUUAACCACUGCGCCACCCGGGAGGCCCCCUAAUCGUUUUUUUAUUUAAAACAUUUUUUUCUCACAUUUUCAAACAGUACAUUUAUAUUUUCCAGCGGGGCUAUACAUUUAGGUGAGUUUUUUCUCUCUCGCUUGAGUAGCCUCGUUUCACUGCCAAAAAUACAAUUAAACCAUCUAGUGUUGAGCGAAAUGACAACACAAUGUCAAAUGCAGGUAGCCUAGUCAAAUACUUAACAUCCAAUCACAUUAAACGUUACUCUCUCGCGGGAAACCUUCACUCUCUUGCGCAUAGAUUUAGAAACGAAACAUGACCAUUUGAAAAAUAAGCCACGGGAGUUUUUCGAGCGAGAAUCAAGACGACGUUCAAGUGGUAAGACAUGUAUAAAAGCAACAGGUACAUUAAUAGGAAGGGUCUAGAAGUGUCUUAUAUUGUGAGCUACCAAGUGGCUAGGACAGGCAAGCCCCAUACUAUUGUGGAGGACUUAAUUCUUCCUGCUGCCGCGGAUAUGGGUGGGACAAUGCUGGGGGAAAAGGCCCAAAACAAACUAUACUGACAAUGACUUCGUCAAACAUUCACUGUUUCACAACGCAUCAGUGACAUGGCAUUGUUUUGAAGCAAUUACUUCUUCGGAAUACAAGCCAGUGAAUUAUAUGCAUUACAGCUGGAUGAGUCAACAGAAGUGGCGGGCCUGGCACAGCUCCUGUUAUAUGUCCGUUACGUUUAUGGGGGGUCAAUUAAGGAAGACAUCCUCUUGUGCAAACCACUGGAAACCAGGACAACAUGGCUUUAGUGGUCAAGAUGUGUUGGUAUCUGUACUCAUGUAGCAAAAGCCAUGACAGGUAGACAUAGUGGAGUGGUAACGCGCGUGCAAGCAGUUGCUCCCGACGCCACUUGGGUACACUGCAGCAUCCACCGGUAGUCUCUUGCUGCCAAGGGAAUGCCUGACUGUUUUGAAAGACGUUUUGGACACCACAGUGAAAAUGGUUAACUUUGUUAAAGCAAGGCCCCUGAACUCUCGUGUAUUUUCUGCAUUAUGCAAUGAUAUGGGCAGCGACCAUGUCAAAAUACAGAGGUGAGCGGGUUAUCAAGGGGCAAAGUACUGACAAGCUUACAUUUUUCUUUACUGACCAUAAUUUUCACUUGUCUGAACGUUUGCAUGAUGACGGGUUUCUCACACGACUGGCCUAUCGGAGUGAUGUUUUUUAUCACCUGAAUGAUCUGAAUCUAGGAUUACAGGGACUCUCUGCAACUAUAUUCAAUGUGCAGGACAAAAUGGAGGCUAUGAUUAAAAAGUUGGAGCUUUUUUCUCUCUGCAUUAACAAGGACAAUACACAAGUAUUUCCAUCAUUGUAUGAUUUUUUGUGUGCAAAUGAACUCAAGCUUACAGACAAGGUCAAAUGUGAUAUAGCGAAGCACCUAAGUGAGCUGGGUGCGCAAUUACGCAGGUACUUUCCCGAAAUGGACGAUACAAACAACUGGAUUCGUUAUCCCUUUCAUGCCCUGCAUUCAGUCCACUAUCUGAUAUCUGAACAAGAGAGCCUCAUCGAAAUUGCAACAAGUGGUUCUGUGAAAAUAUAAAUUUAAUCAGAAGUCACUGCCAGAUUUCUGGAUAGGGCUGUGCUCAGAGUUUCUUGCCUUGGCAAAUCGUGCUGUUAAGACACUGGUGCCCUUUGCAACCACGUACCUAUGUGAGAGUGGAUUUUCGGCCCUCACUAGCAUGAAAACUAAAUACAGGCACAGGCUGUGUGUGGAAAAUGAUUUAAGAUUGAGACUCUCCAAUACAAUCCAACAUUGCAGAGUUAUGGGCAUCCUUUCAAGCACACCCUUCUCAUUAACCUGUGGUGAGUUCUUUACACUUUUUGAUGAACAAAUAAGGUUUUAUAUGUAAGAUGGCUAAAUAAAGAGCAACAUUUUUGAUUAUUA